AUCUUGCUGUCUGGAGCCAGGAGAGGUUCCGAGGAGGAGAGAGCGGCGGGAGCGCAGGUUUCUGCCGCGGCGCUCGAAUGAGAGCUUAGGGGCGCAGCAUCCUCGGUGUCCACCCGGGAUCGCAGCUGCACCGGCCGACAUGUGACAGAGAAAAGCCCUCAGCAUCAUCAGCGGCCGCCUUCAAAAGGGUCCCAGAGCUCUCGCCGAGGCCGGCAGCCGGAUCCUCUUAGCCCGCAGAAACGCGGGACUGGAGCGGCGAGGCACAACGGCUGGUGGGUUCCAGGCUCGCACUCAGGAAAAGAGCGCAGCGGCGACCGCCGCCUGGCUCGCACUCGGCACAACUCCGGGACCAGCGGAGCGCGGCUGGACCGCGUCCAGAUUCCCGCCGACUUCAUCCAGAGUGACCCACGCCCCCAGCCUGUCCGCCUGCACCCCCUGGAGUUCUAGCUUGCCCUGCAUCUCGCCGACCCCGCAACGCCCAGGUCCCCGCAACGCCCCGGGCCGUAUGGGGAGCGCGGUGCCGCUGCUCCCUGAUUGCUGACAACGCCGCCGUCCGAACUGCACACCGAGGUCCCCCGUCCCCCAUCCGGAGCCUAGUCCUUGCCGAGGGUGGUGUCCGAGACGCUGGGAGCGCGCACCAUGAAGUCCGCGCUGUGCAACCGCUUCUUCAUCCUCCUGCCCUGGAUCCUGAUCGUCAUCAUCAUGUUGGACGUGGACCCCCGCAGGCCCGCGCCCCAACUCACUUCCCGACCCUACUUCUCUCCGCAUACAGUGGGCUGCGGGGGUUCCCGAGUCCCGCUCCGACGGAGCAGCCCCGGGCGUGACGCUGCGGAGAAGCGGAACGAGUCUCGGCCUCAGCUGCAGCCGGAGCCGCGCUUGCCCACCAUCUAUGCCAUCACACCCACCUACAGUCGCCCGGUGCAGAAAGCCGAGCUCACCCGCCUGGCCAACACCUUCCGCCAGGUGGCGCAGUUGCACUGGAUCCUGGUGGAGGACCGGGCGACGCGCAGCGAGCUGGUGAGCAGCUUCCUAGCUCGGGCCGGGCUGCCCAACACGCACCUGCAUGUGCCCACGCCGCGGCGCUACAAGCGACCGUGGCUGCCGCGCGCCACCGAACAGCGCAACGCGGGCCUCGCCUGGCUGCGCCAGAGGCACCAGCAUCAGAGCGCGCAACCCGGCGUGCUCUUCUUCGCCGACGACGACAACACGUACAGUCUGGAGCUCUUCCAGGAGAUGAGAACCACCCGCAAGGUUUCUGUCUGGCCCGUGGGCCUAGUUGGUGGGCGACGCUAUGAACGUCCAUUGGUGAAAAAUGGCAAAGUUGUUGGCUGGUACACCGGAUGGAGAGAAGACAGGCCUUUUGCCAUCGACAUGGCUGGAUUUGCUGUGAGUCUGCAAGUCAUCUUGUCCAAUCCGAAAGCUGUAUUUAAGCGCCGCGGAUCCCAGCCAGGGAUGCAGGAAUCUGACUUUCUAAAGCAGAUCACAACAGUUGACGAACUGGAACCAAAAGCUAACAACUGCACCAAGGUUCUCGUGUGGCACACUCGGACAGAGAAGGUCAAUCUAGCCAAUGAGCCAAAGUACCACAUGGACACAGUGAACAUCGAGGUGUAGCCACCAGGAGCAGCCGCUGAGGAGAGAAGGAGUCUGGAGCGUAGGCUGCGCUCACUCAGGUACGGUCCCUUUGCCGUCAGCCUUUCCCGUCAACCGAAGGACGUCUGUAUCGACAGCUACCUGGACACUACAAAAUGUGCUAUCUUCCUUUGUUCUGCAUGUGUUCUCCUAACUGGGAAGAUUCUGUACAGUGAAGCUACACGACACUGAAAUAGAACACGGGAGUAUCUCACGCACUACUCCCUCCCUCUCGCCAAGACAUGUCAUGACUGGUAGAAUGAAAUAGGUUUUAGAAGCUGCUGAUGAGUACUUUGUCAAUUAAAGUUUUGGCUUCACAACAUGAAAUAUUUGGAAAGCUGGUGGCAGUGUACACUGUAGGAAA